CCCGCCGCCAUUAGCGGGACAGCGAGCGCGCGGGGGACUACAGCUCCCGGCAGCCCUCGCGGCCCGGCACUUCCCGCGGAGCUAAGAUGGCGGCCGCCGCGGAGCGUGUAGCUGGAGGGGCGCCGGCGGGCUACACAGCGCUGGCGGUGAAGUUCGGGCCGCGGCAGCGCUCGCCCCACUGCCUCUUGGUGAAGGAGCAUCGGGUGCGGGAAGGGCCCGGCGCCGCGCACCCGCCCCGCCGCACCCUCUUCGUGCUCAACGUCCCCCCGUACUGCAGCCGGGAAUCUCUGUCUAGGCUGUUCUUUAGUUGCGGGCCUGUUCAGUCUGUGGACAUCUAUGAUAAGCCAGAAAUAGGAGAGAAAACAGAAACACUGAAGUCCAAAUUCUUCAACCUCAAAGCCACAAAGGGUUUCCGAGUAGCAUAUGUGGUGUUCAGGAGCCCAGCUGGUGUCCAGGCAGCCAAAGCCCUGUCGCAGGGAGGUCCCUUGCUGAUAUCAACAGAGAGUCAUCCUGUGAAAACUGGCAUUAGCAAGUGGAUCGCCAGCUACGCGGCUUCGGUGGUGGAUCGUGAGGAACUGAAGGCUGAGGUGGAUGCCUUCAUGCAAGACUACGACAAACAGAUAGCAGAGGAAGAAGCCAAAGCAGCAGAGGAGGAGGGCAUUCCGGAUGAGGAGGGCUGGGUAAAGGUAACGCGGAAGGGCCGGAAGCCUGGCCUGCCCCGGACAGAGGCUGCCAACCUGCGUGUGCUGGAGAGGGAGAGGCGGAAAAGGGCCCGCAAAGAGCUGCUCAACUUCUAUGCCUGGCAGCAUCGUGAGACCAAGAGAGAGCACAUUGCCCAGCUGAGGAAGAAGUUCGAGGAGGACAAGCAGAGAAUCGCGCUGAUGCGAGCCCAGCGCAAGUUUCGGCCAUACUAAGCCGUGCCGGACCGUUUCCUCAGCUGCCUGGGCUGGAGAGGGAGGGACAGGCAUGUACAGACCCCAUGCACCAAAGGGUUUCAAGGAACUGAGGCAGUUUCAGGUUGUCCCAGCCCUUGGAUCUGAGGUGGGAGAGCCCAGCAUCCACAGCUGAGGAGGAGCUGGCUUCACCUACACUGGUAUCUCCUGUUCUCCUGGCCGUGCCUGCACUGCCGUUGUCCAGCCCUGAGGCAUCACUUCCAGAAUGCACAGGCCAGAGGGGGCUGAAACUGUAUUUUCCUGCCACCCAAGACCCUCCUAAACCUUGGUGAGAGCCAGGAUUUAUGCAGCACAGCCUCUGCAGGGACAGGAAAUGACUGAAAAACUGUAAAUAAACUGCUACUAUGAUCCUAAAACACA